UAAAGGAUCAAAGCUCUUUCUGAGGUGUCGCCUGAGGCAGUGCAGAGGGUUGAGUGUAUAUAUCCUAGUGCCACAGAGGUUCUGACAGUCACAGGGGACGGCAGGAGUCAGGAUGGAGGUGCUGCUGGCGCUGGUCCUCGCUGGGUUCGUCUGCGCGGCAGAAGGAAGAACGGUGUCCAAAUGCGAGGUGAGACAGCGGCUGACGGAGGCCAUCGCCGCUCUGUCUGACGGCGCCAAGCAGGCCGGACUCACCGACGACAACUUCGUGGCUAAGAUUGUCUGCCACGCGGAGCUUGCUUCAGAUUUCAACAGCAGCACCGUGAACCAGCUCACCUGUUCCCCCGGUUCCCCCGGUUCCUCCAGUUCCCCUGGUUCUCCGGUUCCUCCCCAGGAAGGAAGGAACCAGAGGAACUCUCCAUCACCGGUUCAUCUGAGGCCGAACUCCCGCUUGCAGUACAACUGCGACGAGGACGACGAGACCCGGACGCUCUACGGCCUCUUCCAGCUGGGCGGCCACCUGACCUGCAGCGAUGGAGCGACUCCAUCAGCCAACCUCUGCGGGAUGGACUGCAGCGACUUGCUGGACGACGACAUCCUGGACGACGUCCACUGCCUGCUGGCGGUCUUCAGAAACCUGCUGGAAAAUGGCUUCGGGGCGGCCCACUGGAAAGCGCUAAGAGGAACCAUCCGGCUCGUCUUGCAGGAAGAGUGUCGGGACAAACAGGCCCAUCAAUACUUCGCCGAAUGCUCCUGAAGCCAUCAUGCUUGUGUUGAAUAAAUGACAGAGUUUAAUGAAGUGUCUCUGUUCGAUCUGCU